AAAAAAAAAAAAAAAAAAAAAAAAGGAUAACGUUUGUGUUUCCUAGUCAUAAAUAAAAGUGUUGGUCAAAUAUAAAUUGUUUGCGUGUUGUUCAUCAAAAACGCAACACACGCACAAAGGGGUAUCUCAAGAACAAGGCAUUAGAGAUGGAGAAAAAUUCAACUGUUGAAGCCCAUAUGAAAGGACCAAUUCAUGAGUACCAUGAUCUUGUUGAUUCUUUUUCUUCUUCUUCUUCAACAUCUGAAAUUUCAAGUGGUUCGUUAUCAUUGGAAUCUGAUUCUUUUGAAGAAGUAACAUCUUCUUCAUCAUCGGGUGAUGAUCAACUUGUGGUUGUAGCUGAUCCAUUGAGUGAUAUGUCUUCUCUCUUUCAACAACUUCCCAUCAAGAGGGGGCUUUCAAGAUUCUACCAGGGGAAGUCACAAUCUUUCACUUCACUAAAAAAUGUGAGGAGUUUGGAGGAUCUUGCAAAGGCAGAGAACCCUUACAACAAGAGGUUGAAGUCUUACAAGAGCUAUGUAGGAGUGUGCAAUAUUCCUAGUUCCAUGUCAAAGGGUGUUUCUAAAAUGCAAUCAACAGGUUCAAGUUCAAGGGGUUCAUGUUCUUCAUUGAAUGCAAGAAGGGACAGUGCCACUAACUUGAGGCCACCAAUUCCUCCUCAUAGAUCUACCAGCACCAACACAAUCCCUAAUCAAACUGUGUUGUUUGCUUGAAAGGGGUUGUGUCGUGUUCUUUUUGUGUUUUUGUUUUCACUUUUGAGGGACAUCAUGUGAUGUAGAUUAUGUAGUUUCAUUUGAGGAGCAGAAAGAGUACCAUGCCUACACCCAAUAUCAAUUUUUUAUUUUAUUUUUAAAUCACAUGUGAAAUUUUGAGUUCCAAUUUUAACCCAAAUGAUUAUUUGUUUCUUUUCUUUUUUCAACUUUGACCAAAAUGUUAUAAGAGGAUGUAGAUCUCAUUAAAAAUUCAAAAUCACCUCAAAUGUCAUUCCUCAUUAA